AGCCUUUUCCACUCUCCCUCCCCUCCCCGCGCUCCCAAAUCCAAAGGGGUGUGGAAGAGGAGGAGCAGCAGCAACCCUUUUCCGUGACGCGCCAGAGCGGUUCUCUCAUCCCCACCUCCUCCCUGGUGCAAUCAAUCAGCCCGGAGGCACCAAACUGUUAGCGACCAAGACACAGCUCUAGGUGAUUUCCACUACCCUCCUCCCCCGACCCUAGGCAUAUUUUCGAAGCGGCAGCAGCGGUGGCAGGCUGUGAGGCGAGCCUGGAGCGCACUUCCCGGGCGCUGCUCCUUCUUCGGAGCUAGUAGAGACAUGUAGGCUUUUGCGCACUGGCUGGAGAGCGUUCCCGGAAAAGGCUAGAGCAGCGGGCAGGCAGAGUUUGCACCUGCCACCUGCGCUGCCAUCAGGGCUAGAGGGCUGCUGCUGUUCCUCAUGAGGGGCAUGAGGGCCACAGGCUGAGGCGCCUGCGUCCCGCGGUGCACCGUUUGGCCAAGACAAGGUGCAGCUGGAGCAAAGCCGCUCCGAAGUCAAGUCGCGAAGAAGGAAGAGGCUGGGAGGCAGAUGACCUAGGCGAGUCUGGUCAUGGAGCCGAGAGGCGGCACCUGCCAUUCUAGCGAAGGGGCCGAGUGAUUUAGAAACCUUCUUUAAGCUCUCCCUGUCCUGUUCUCCCUAAAGUCCAUAGAAGCUCUGCUGAACUCUAGAAAUCUUCCCUGGGCGGGGAGAAGUUUCCGAGCAUCCUCUUUGGCUAGUACAGGGAGUGGAAAAAACGGGCGGGGCUGCUCUGGCCUCUGCUCUGGGAGACACUGUCUUCCCUACGCCUCCUCCAGCCCUGCGCGCCUGUGGGCAGCCUCUGUACCGCUCCUUCAGCUUUAGCCCGCUCUCUCAGGAACCCGGCUCGCCAUCUCGUCCCGGACUGCGGCCCAGCGCCCCAGACAUGGAACUGCACGCGUGAGCCCUGUUGGACGUCGCCGGCUGUUUUGCAAGACUGAGACAGCUGCCAAGGAAAGUGAAUGAUGAAGCCACCGUUUCUUUUGGCCCUUGUGGUCUGUUCUGUAGUCAGCACAAACUUGAAGAUGGUGUCAAAGAGAAAUUCUGUGGAUGGCUGCAUUGACUGGUCAGUGGAUCUCAAGACAUACAUGGCUUUGGCAGGCGAACCAGUCCGAGUGAAGUGUGCCCUUUUCUACAGUUAUAUUCGCACCAACUAUAGCAUGGCCCAGAGCACUGGACUCAGGCUUAUGUGGUACAAAAACAAAGGUGAUUUGGAAGAGCCCAUCAUCUUUUCAGAGGUCAGGAUGAGCAAAGAGGAAGAUUCCAUAUGGUUUCACUCAGCUGAGGCACAAGACAGUGGAUUCUACACUUGUGUUUUAAGAAACUCGACAUAUUGCAUGAAGGUGUCAAUGUCCUUGACCGUUGCAGAGAAUGAAUCAGGCCUGUGCUACAAUAGCAGGAUCCGCUAUUUAGAAAAAUCCGAAGUCACUAAAAGAAAGGAGAUCUCCUGCCCAGACAUGGAUGACUUUAAAAAGUCCGAUCAGGAGCCUGAUGUGGUGUGGUACAAGGAAUGCAAGCCAAAAAUGUGGAGAAGCAUAAUAAUACAGAAAGGGAAUGCUCUUCUAAUUCAGGAAGUUCAAGAAGAAGAUGGAGGAAAUUACACUUGCGAACUUAAGUAUGAAGGAAAACUUGUAAGACGAACAACUGAAUUGAAAGUUACAGCUUUACUCACAGACAAGCCUCCCAAGCCAUUGUUCCCCAUGGAGAAUCAGCCAAGUGUUAUAGAUGUCCAGCUGGGAGAAUGGAUGCUCCAUAAGGUUAAGCACCAUGUCUGUCUUCUUCCCUGUUGUAUCUGCAGGAUUCAGCAAAGUACCUGGCAUAAACUAGGUAAGCCUCUGAACAUCCCUUGCAAAGCAUUUUUUGGAUUUAGUGGAGAGUCCGGACCAAUGAUCUACUGGAUGAAAGGGGAGAAGUUUAUUGAAGAACUGGCAGGUCACAUUAGAGAAGGUGAAAUAAGGCUCCUCAAAGAGCAUCUUGGAGAAAAAGAAGUUGAGUUGGCACUCAUCUUUGAUUCAGUGGUGGAGGCUGACCUGGCAAAUUAUACCUGCCAUGUGGAAAACCGAAAUGGACGGAAACAUGCCAGCGUUCUGCUGCGUAAAAAGGAUUUAAUCUACAAAAUUGAGCUUGCAGGAGGCCUGGGAGCAAUAUUCCUCCUCCUUGUACUGCUCGUGGCCAUCUACAAAUGCUACAACAUUGAACUGAUGCUCUUCUACCGACAACAUUUUGGAGGUGAUGAAACUAGUGAUGACAACAAGGAAUAUGAUGCCUAUCUCUCUUACACAAAAGUGGACCAAGAUACUUUAGACUGUGACAAUCCUGAAGAAGAGCAGUUUGCUCUUGAAAUACUGCCAGAUGUCCUGGAAAAACACUAUGGAUACAAACUCUUCAUCCCAGAAAGGGACUUGAUUCCAAGUGGAACAUACAUUGAAGAUCUCACAAGAUGUGUUGAGCAAAGCAGAAGACUUAUUAUCGUGCUAACUCCAGACUAUGUUCUCAGACGAGGAUGGAGUAUUUUCGAAUUGGAAAGCAGACUGCAUAACAUGCUAGUCAGUGGAGAAAUCAAAGUGAUUUUGAUUGAGUGUACAGAAUUAAAAGGGAAGGUGAAUUGCCAGGAAGUGGAAUCAUUAAAGCGCAGCAUCAAACUUCUAUCCCUGAUCAAGUGGAAGGGACCCAAAAGCAGCAAAUUAAAUUCUAAGUUUUGGAAGCACUUAGUAUAUGAAAUGCCCAUCAAGAAAAAUGAAAUGCUUUCUCAGUGCCAUGUUCUGGACUCUGCAGAACAAGGACUUUUUGGAGAACUGCAGCCUAUACCCUCUAUUGCCAUGACCAGUACCUCGGCCUCUCUGGUGUCAUCUCAAGCUGAUCUCCCUGAUUUCCAGCAUUCAGAUUCGAUGCAAAUGAGGCACUGUUGCAGAGGUUAUAAACACGAGAUGCCAACCACCACCUUGCCAGUACCUUCCUUAGGCAACCACCACACUUAUGGUAACCUGCCUCUAACGCUGCUCAAUGGACAGCUACACCUUAAUAAUGCCCUGAAAGAUACCCAGGAAUUUCAUAGGAACAGUUCCCUGCUACCUUUAUCAUCCAAAGAGCUCAGCUUCACCAGUGAUAUUUGGUAGUGAAAAAUCUAAAGUCCUCUGAACAGCUAUGUGAGCAUACAGAAUUUCUGCUAUACCAAGCAUAAAGUACACCUAAUAACAUUGAGGUGCUGAAAAAGUGUUUCAAGAAAAAGGCACAGAAAUCACUUUUGUACUUAAAAUUUUUUGUUUACAUUUCCAGACUAAUGGGGGGAAAGAAGACCUGUUUUUGUAGUAUAGUACCUUGUUCCAAUGUACAGUUUUGAUUUCUUCCUGAAAAGAAAAAAAUUAAAAUCCUAUUGUUUUAGAGUAGGUUUUAUGAUACCACUUGGACUGCAAGCUUAGUAAGUGAGCUAUCUUCCUGAUAUUUAUGAAUAUUUUAGUAUUUAUAUGGUAUUUGAAAUAAGGAAAACUUAAAGACUUUAACUGAAUUUGAAAAUUUUGAAGUAAGUGUAAAGGGAAAAGAGAACUUCUAUAGAAUAAUUGAAAAUCAGGAAUUAUCAAGAAAAAAGUGUUGAGGUACCCCAUUUGAAGACUGUAAAGGAAUAUCAGUUAAGAAAAAAUGUGAUUUAAAUGUUUAGAACUUCUUCAACAUAACGGACAACUUCUGUAGACUAAAUCAACAGCUCAUAAUGACAGCUUUUAGUUUUAUUAGGCAAGCACAUCCGUAGGCAAACUGGUAGGUAGGUAAACAAUGUGCAUUUCUUAAGCAAAUGAGUAGACAGGCUGUUAGUUCUUUUAGAAUGGUUUUGAACAAUUCUUACAGCUUUCUAGCCUAUUUCAAAAGUUUUACAAAUUUGAAAACACAUUUUAAGGUGUGCAUUAUAUUGUUUGCUAACAAAUUCACGUUUGGAUUUUUUUCCAAAUGAUCUCUUGACCUGCUGUAAGCUUUAUACGAAGAUGUGAGCAUCUUUCUACUUUUUUUCAGCAUCAUUGGAGUUUGAAUUUAAAUCAAUAUUGACUGCAAGUGUCAGCAGUAGAAAAGAAGUAAAACAACAAUAUUCACAGAUGAAGUGCUGAAUGAUUCAAGUUUACUAGUGGUAGAGCAGCAAUUGCAGUGAUUCUCAUCUGAAAUAUAACUGUGAAGCGGACUAUUCUGUACAUACACAAUAUCUGCUUGGCCAUGUGUGCAGGGCUUCUGCAAAAAUAUUUCUGUUCCUGGUGCUUCAAAGAGUCUAUUUUAGAGACUAAACUUCAACACCCUCACAUUGUGACUGUGACUAUACCAUACCAGAAAAUCUCUGUGCAUAAUCUAAAAUAUUAUAAAUUUGCUGUAAGGAAUGUGCCCCUAUUCUAGUAUUUAUUAUGGGUUACGACUCCAUGUUCUUUCCAAUUAAUCAGUUUUGGUGUGCUGUCCACCGAGAUGCCUGUGAGGGUCAACUGUUAAUCAGGGUUGAUUCUGGCAUUUUGCAAAUGGUUCUAAAAUCAUGUUUUUGGGCAAAUAUAAACAAGGACAAAUGUACACAGUGCGUAAAAAUUAAGAAUUUGUCCAGCCCUUGUGAAACUGUGAAACUCAAAUGUGUUUUGAUUAUUUUUUUAACCUCAUUACAUUAUCGAUUCCCUGUGAUCCAUGGGUUUUGUUCAAAGUACUUGUUUCUCUGUUGCUUUUCUAUAUCCAGCUGCUCAGAAAAUGCAUUAUGCACCAACAGUAUGUGAAAGCUUAGCAGUGAUACAUGUUCAUUUCACAGUGGGGACAAUUAGUUGCUCCUUUGAAAAGUCCUAGUUAACAUAUACAGGAGUUUCAUAGAUGUAUUUUUUCCACUGAUAAAGGUGAUUUUGCUUCUGUAAAAACUAUAGGUAUUUCAAAAUGGAAAUUUAUCAAUUCCGAACUGUUUUCCAAGUGUUAUAAAGUUGUAUUUAUUCUCAUUGUUCUUUAAUGAUAUGUGUAAUUAAUAAGUUAAUAAUCUGCAUGAAAUGAGUAGUAUAUGUUUAAGUGACCAAUUGUACUUUUCAUUAUUUUGUUUUUCACAGAAGUCUAGAUUAAUUCAAAUUGAAUGUUCAGUGGUAUUUUUAAACUAAUAGUUCUGUAUUGAGCAUGCCAGUUCUGAAAAUAUAACAUGGGUCUCUCUGCUUCCUUUAUUUACAAUGAUUAAACGUGGGUAGCAAUUUGA